ACUACCUUCCAACGUAACUCUCCUCUGCUUCCAAGACAGCAGGAGCAAUGUCGUCUAACACUGUGUUUGAGCGCAGAAGCAAUGGUGGGUUAGCCGCCACCGCCAAGGACUACCAAGACCCGCCGCCCGCCCCGUUAAUUGACGCCGGGGAGUUCACUCAGUGGUCAUUUUACAGAGCUAUCACCGUCGAAUUCGUCGCCACGCUUCUGUUCUUGUACGUUCUUGUUCUCACUGUGAUUGGCUAUGACACCCAGUCCGCCACCAAUGUCUGCGGCGGCGUCGGCGUUUUGGGCAUUGCCUGGGCCGUCGGCGGAAUGAUCUUCGUUCUUGUUUACUGCACCGCUGGAAUUUCAGGAGGGCAUAUUAACCCGGCGGUGACAUUUGGGCUGUUCUUGGCUCGAAAAAUCUCCCUAAUCAGAGCUGUGUUUUACAUUAUGGCUCAAUGUUUGGGCGCCAUUUGUGGGUGUGCGUUGGCUAAAUCAUUCCAGAAGGCUUAUUACGUUCGCUACAGAGGUGGAACCAAUAUACUCGCCGAUGGGUACAGCAUCACCACCGGCUUAGCCGCAGAGAUCGCCGGAACUUUCAUUCUUGUUUACACAGUCUUCUCCGCCACCGACCCCAAGAGAAACGCCAGAGAUUCUCACGUCCCUGUUUUGGCGCCACUCCCAAUUGGAUUCGCGGUGUUUAUAGUUCAUUUAGCCACCAUUCCGAUCACCGGCACCGGCAUCAACCCAGCUCGAAGCUUUGGAGCUGCAGUGAUCUAUAACAGAACGGAGGCCUGGGAUCAUCAUUGGAUCUUUUGGGUUGGGCCGUUCGUCGGAGCUGCCAUUGCUGCAAUUUAUCAUCAAGUCAUAAUUAGAGCAGGAGCUGUUAAAGCUCUUGGAUCAUUCAAAACUUCCUCCGCCCUAUAAAUCUUAUCCAAAUCUCGUUUCUAGGAUCAAAAUGAAAAAUGUGUUCUUUACUUUUGCUUAUGUCUCUGUUUUCCACUUCCAAUUAUGUAAUUCCGAGUUCAUUUUUGUGCUAAACUACGUUUUAAUCUUGUUUAAUCGAGACUUUUAGUUGUAGUUUUGUUUA